AUGGACGUCGACUCGGCAUCAUUGUCACCGUCCUCCAGACUUUCGGUGGUUUGUUCGGCAUCCGCCGAGUUCUCAUCGAGCUCGUCGGAUUCGUCGAACUUUUCAGAAGGAUCUCCCCCGGAAUCUAGAAGAAAUUCCGUAAACGAAAGUGUAAUAAAAGAUGAACAUUACUGGGAAAGGCGACGGAGAAAUAACGAUGCAUCAAGAAGAAGUCGAGAAAAGCGAAGGCAAAACGAUCUAGCAAUGGAAGAAAAAAUAAUGUUACUUUCCGCCGAAAACGAACGGUUAAAAUCUCAGUUAGGAACGACACCAAUUCCACAACCAUCAGUAACAGAGCCUCCAACAUCUCUGAUUAUUCCCCAAGUUGCAAAGAAUCUUUUCCCAGCGGGUCCAAUAGCAUCUUUGCAAGCGAGUUCAAUGCUUACUGUUCCAUUGCUCCAGGCAGCUUCGCAUAUUCCAUCAAUGUUGCAGCUUUGUCAACUACAGCCAACAACUAUUCAGUCACCGGUCUAUGCGAGCACUCAACAACCUGCAUCAACGUCAGCAUCAUCUUUAUUCUCUUCAUCGUCUUCAUCUGCAUUUCAUCCUUUUCGACCAUCAGAAAGUGCUCAGCAGAGUUUUCCAUCGAGUAGCGUAAUUGUGAAAAUUGAACGAAGAAGUCCAGAUUCAUCAACUGACGUGAAUAUGCCUCAACCUCAGUUACAGCCUGGAUCUAGCGUUAUUCAACAAAUCGGUCAGCCUGCUCCAUCAGGUACGCCUCAACCAGUAAUCCAAGCUGUUCAACAAGGACCAUCCCUGCUAUCUGCUCUUCUUUCACAGCGAAGACCUUCUCCUACAGUACCACAAAGCCGAACGGAACAUAUUUCGGGGCUAAAUUCCCCUCCAAGACAUACUGGAAACAAAUCAGACUGUGAAAGUGUAUCGUCUUCAGCAUCUUUCUCUCCAUCGCAUUCUUCGGAAGAUCACUCAAAUUAUUCGAACAAAUCGCCCCAAUAUGUGGACAGACGUCGAAGGAACAAUGAAGCCGCAAAAAGAUGUAGAGCAAAUAGACGAGCAGUAUUCGAAUACAGGUCACGACGAGUUCAGCUCUUGGAAGGUGAAAAUGAAGAUCUUCGUACCCAAAUCGAAACGCUAAAAGCAGAAAUAGCCCACUUCAAAUCAGUUUUGGCUCAAAGAGCAUCAGUUGUUACUGCCCUUCACCCUUGAUCCCAUUCCAUUUUCUUAUUUUUGACUAAUACGGAUAGAAAGCCAAUUUUCUUCGUCUUCUCGCUAGAUGCCCCCCAAUCAAAGUCUUUCGCUCUCAAAAAACCCUUCCUCUCUUUCUGCAAUACUUCCAAUCAUUCAUGUGCAAUACUUUUUAACUUUAAAUGUUUCAUUAAUUGUUUCUAAUAAAACCAAUGUGUUAUUA